AUGACACAGUAAUUUUAUAUAAAUACCUCUAUUAUAGCCAAAAACUUUUAUUAGAAAAUUAACGACUAAAUAGUCAAAUGUGCAAGUUAUACUAGAUUUUGGGGUUGGAUAAAAAAUAGAUCAAAUAGAUUAGGAGAUGGAGACAAGAUAAUCUAAUCAGUUCAAUUAUUAUUAUAAGAAGUCAUUGAUUGUAAACAAGAAAUUUAGAAUUUGAUUUAAGCUCAACCGACAAAAAGUUUGAAAUAUUAGUCAAUGGAAAAAGAAUUAUUAUAAACAAAAUAGAAAUACUAUGCCGUGGAAAGGAGUCCUAAGUUUUGGAAUUCUAGCAAUGAUACUCCAAAAGCUAAAUUCUUCAAUUACUCAAAUUCUUCAGGGAAAUGA